UCUGGUUCAUAUCCAGAGGACUCGAUAACAAUGAACCGUUAAGGUUAAGAACAAACCAACUGGAUUCAGGCAAACGACAGAAUUUUGUCGGAGAAUAUUACCAUUUAGCCGGAGCAGUUAAACCGUGACUUAAUUCAAUGUUAGUGGCAGGGAAAGUGGCCGUAUAAAAGAAUAUUGAAGAUCGGAAACCGCUCCACAGCCGAGUCGUUGGUCCAUCUGAAGCGCUUAAGUCUUCGUGUUACUUAGAGUAAGCGCUCAAACAAAAUGCCGGCGAAUAACGUGAAAAUUAUAUCUUACGACAAAUUCUCGACGUCUUCCUCAUCGUCCGACGAAGAGUACUCGAGUUACAGGAAGGUAGAUUCGUCAGACGACGAAGGGAUCCAAUUCGUGGUCCAUUUCGACGAGAAGGAUGAAGAAGUUGUGCAUUUCGAGAGUUUACCCAGGAGGGACCGCCACGAAAACUUCCUGAAGAGAUGCACCGAUAUCAUGCUGAAGGAGGCGGUGUUCGAAGCCACCAGGAGACAGAAUAAAGUCACCAAUUUCAAGACGCCGGAAGAGCUAACCAGCCAGUUCGACUUCGAGCUGAGCAGCAAGCCUGCCAGUCACGAUAAACUGGUGAAAAUAGUGAGGGAUACCAUCUCGUACUCCGUGAAAACCGGCCAUCCUUACUUCGUGAACCAGCUGUUUUCCUCUUUGGACCCCUACGGCUUGGUUGGGCAGUGGCUGACCGAUGCCUUGAAUCCGAGCGUUUACACCUACGAAGUAUCGCCCGUUUUCACGCUCAUGGAGGAGACGGUGCUGAGGGAAAUGAGGAAAAUCGUUGGUUUCGAAGGGGGUAGAGGAGACGGUAUAUUUUGCCCUGGUGGUUCCAUGGCCAACGGUUACGCCAUCAGCUGUGCCAGGUAUAAGUUGUUUCCGGAAGUGAAGACCAAAGGCCUUCACUCCCUGCCACGCUUAGUUUUGUACACAUCAGAGGAUGCGCACUACUCCGUCAAGAAGAUGGCCUCCUUCGAAGGGAUCGGUUCCGACAACGUUUACCUCAUCAAAACCGAUAAGCGAGGUAAAAUGGACGUGAAGGAUCUCCAGGAUCAAGUGAAGAGGACAAUCAAGGAGGGAGGAGUGCCAUUUUUGGUGAGCGCAACUGCUGGCACUACGGUACUUGGGGCUUUCGACCCACUGAAAGAGAUCGCAGACCUUUGCCAAAAGUAUAAACUGUGGCUUCACGUGGACGCAGCCUGGGGAGGUGGAGCCUUGAUGUCCCAAAAGCAUCGACACCUGCUAGAAGGCAUAGAAAGAGCUGAUUCAGUCACGUGGAACCCGCACAAACUGCUGACUGCACCGCAACAGUGUUCUACCUUCCUACUCAAACAUGAAGGCCUGCUUGCAGAAGUCCAUGGUACGGGAGCUGCUUAUCUCUUCCAGAAAGAUAAAUUUUACGAUACCAAGUACGAUACCGGCGAUAAACACAUCCAGUGCGGACGAAGGGCGGACGUCCUAAAAUUCUGGUUCAUGUGGAAAGCGAAAGGAACAACCGGUCUCACUCAGCACAUAGAAAAAGUAUUCGAGAAUGCAGCCUACUUCACCGAAACCAUCAGAAACCGACUGGGCUUCCAACUGGUCAACCACGCGCCCGAAUGUACCAACAUUUGUUUUUGGUACAUACCGAAAAGUUUACGAGACGCAAAAUCGGAGGAGAACUACAAUGAACGCCUGCAUCUUGUAGCGCCAGCAAUGAAGGAGAGAAUGAUGAAGGAAGGUACCAUGAUGGUGACGUAUCAGUCUCAAAAAGGACUACCUAAUUUCUUCAGGAUAGUUUUUCAAAAUUCGGGCUUGGAUAAGUCAGAUAUGGUUCAUCUCGUGGAAGAAUUUGAGAGAUUAGGUGCAAAUUUGUAGAUAUUUAUAGGAAUAUUAAGUAUUUAUUUGAAAUUUUAGUCUAGAGAAAAGAUAUUGUAUUUCUUUAAGAUAAAUAUUUUCUAUUGAAAUUGUUGAUGUCCUGAAUAUAAAAUAAUUAAACUCGUCAGAAACGAUUCAAUCAUUACAGGAUGGUCACACGAAAUGUCCACUAGAAGUAUGUAAAGAACCGACUGAGAUUUUUUCUGAAAAUUUGUGCAUAAUAAUGAAUGACCGGUAUAUAUUCAACUAAAAUAUUCUAGCCUUGGUAUACUACUUCCAAGUUGAGCCAAAUUUUGUUAUUCCAAAUGGGACACCCUAUUUUUCAUCACAUUCACAUUUUUUUAUUUAUUAGAACUUCCCCAUACCCAAUCCUCAAGGAUAUGACAAAGUUUAUCAGAAUGUAAUGUAAUUGAGACCAAAAUUGACUCUUCUA